ACUUUUCCCUUAGAAUAGAUCGACUAGUACGCCUUCAGGAGAAUUCUGUUUUGGCUAGCCUAUGGUUUUGACUGACGGCAUUUCUUCUCCCAUUCGUGUUUUUGUUAUCCUCGGGUCUGGAGGGAGAGCUGUUGGGGAUGGGGGUGUGGUCUCUGGGUCUGGGGGCAGUUGGAGCAGCGAUAGUGGGCAUCUUCUUUGCAAACACUGACCUGUGUUUGUCUAAAGUUGCACAGGCAUCGAUGGACUACCUGGAGGAUGCAGACCUGCAAUCCACCGCAGAAGAUGGCGGGGUCAUCAAGGCCAAGAGCCUGUGGGAGGCCAGCGGAGCUGUGGUCAUGGCCGUCCGGCGGCCUGGGUGAUUUCUGUGCAGAGAGGAGGCCUCCGAGCUGUCCUCUCUGAAGCCUGAGCUGGAGAAGCUCGGGGUCCCUCUGGUGGCCGUGGUGAAGGAGGACAUCGGCACGGAGCUGCAGGACUUUAGACCACACUUUGCUGGGGACAUCUACAUAGAUGAGAAGAAACAUUUCUACGGGCCGCUGCAGAGGAAGAUGGGUGGUAUGGGUUUCUUCCGGCUGGGGGUGUGGCAGAACUUCAUGCGAGCCCGGAGAGGGGGUCACCAGGGCAACAUGAUCGGCGAGGGGUUCAUCCUGGGAGGCGUGUUCGUCAUUGGGCCCGGAGACCAGGGGAUUCUUCUAGAACACCGUGAGAAAGAGUUUGGGGACAAGGUUAACACUGCAGAUGUUCUAGAAGCCGUGAAGAAGAUCAUUCCAGCCAAAUAGAUUUAAGUUAAAUUUAAUUAAGAGAAAUUGCAGCGGGCAAGGAUAAUCUUUAUUUAAUUCCUGUGUAAUUAAUUUUUUUAAAUGGCUCUUGAAUUUUGUUCUGUUUUUGAUUUAGAUGUUUUCAUUUUGCAAUGGCAAGUAAAGCUGUUGACACCUGACAGCAUUUUACCACAUUGUGAAUGCAUCAUGGAACCAAAAAUGCAUGUUUUAAUUCCAACAUAUAAUUGCAUGUAUUGUGACCUUAAAACCAGUGCAAUAUGGGAUUCUAAUGACAGCAUAUGUUGGAUUACACUUGAUACAGAUCUUAUGAGUUAUUUUAAUUAUCAUUCGCCCUGUGCUGGGUACCCAGGCUGCAGUCCACAUGGCGGACGGUCUUGUCAGCCUGUGUGUGAUAAUGAAAACCUGACUCUAAACUCUUCAGGAGACGAGCGGGUUGGAUGCUUCCACACACCGGCUCACUACCGUUGCCAUGCCGACGAGGAGUUCUGGGUGCUGCAGACGGGUGAUGCGUUAUUUGCUGGGAGAGAUGUUGUCUGCCUGUUUGGAUGGCCUGUGAACCGCAAUAAACUCUACACCUAGACUUACAA